UUUCAGUUCUCAGACAACAAGGCGAAUGGCGUGUUGUACACUAUUUAGCGUGCGCUUAUUUACGCUAUUUAGUUUAUUCGUUUUCUGUUCAAACGUUUUCGAUUGAAAUACGUACACACACGAAAAAUGUACGAAUUUCUUUUGUUGAUUGUUACUGUGGCUUUCUUAAUGUACAAGUUCGUCGAACAAGGUGGAUACAAAAAAUGUGGACCAUCUGGGAAAAGUGUAUUGAUCACUGGUUGCGACUCUGGCAUAGGACUAUCGAUGGCCAUCACUGCUGAAAAGUUGGGCUUUCACGUCAUAGCGACUUGCUUGGAUCUCAAAGGAUAUGGGGCUAACUACAUGCAACAAAAUAAUCCAAAUAUUUUCCUCGUUCAGAUGGAUGUUACCAAGCCAGCCGAGAUUGAAAAUGUUCUGCAAACAGUUAAUGAAAAUCUACAGAAUACCCAAACAGCUCUAUGGGCUCUCAUAAAUAAUGCUGGUGUCUUGGUCUAUGGGCACUUCGAUUGGCAGUUGGAUUAUCAAAUAGAAUCUCAGGUUCAAGUUAAUUUUCUGGGUAUCUUGAGAGUCACAAAGGCAUUUCUACCACUGAUUCGACGAGCUAAAGGUAGAAUCAUCAACAUCACAAGCGCCAACGGCAACUGGUGCCUACCGGGUUUGUCCGUCUAUUGCGGUACGAAACAUGCAGUAGAAGGAUUUUCUAAUACUCUCCGGAUUGAAAUGAGGCCUUGGAACAUCAAAGUUAUACUCAUUAAUCCUGGUAACUUGCCCGGUAGUACUCGAAUUUUGUCGGCACAGGCGCAACAUGCAGAAGCCAUGAAAAAUCAUUUUGACGAGGAGCAAAAGCAAAUGUAUGGCGAAUAUUUCGAUCUUUUCCAGCACCACUUGCAAACUAAUUUUGCGGCUCCAAAUCUUAAUAGGGAUCAGCCGCUGAACGACGCACGGUUAAAUAAAAUGCUGGAGUCUUCGCUUUUGUUGGAAAAUCCACGUCCUUACUACGCGGAUAUAGACCUUGGAUUUCGAAUGUUUAUGUUAGUAACAAAAUUCUUACCGACCUAUUAUGGCGACCGUCUGAUUUUGAAGAUGUGGGGUAACUGACGUUUUGUCCGUCAAAUGAAGUUUAUUAUUAAGAGCAGUGGGAAAUACCAGCAAAAACACAAUUCAAGAAUGAUUAGACAGUCAAAAACAUUUCGCUGACGCCGUAGGGCAAAGAAAAUCGAACAACCUAAGUGGCAAAGAAAAUUUUGAUCAAAUAACUCAAACGCACGUAGAACUGUCGGUAAUACAAAAAAAAACUCAUUAGGACUUGUAGCUAAACAGUUGGGAUUGUCCUCGCCAUAGUUUGAGACGAUCAUGAAGAAAUAAGCGAACGGAUCAUCCUACAGAAAACAAUAAUAAUAAUUUGAUUGAUCAACAGGAUGAAGUGAGGCUUAGAAUUUUUUGCAUACCCAUAGAGGUAGAAGAAGAAAGAUAAUAAGUAGAAUGCCAACUUAAUCCAGCCUUCCCGUUGACAUUUGGAUAGUACAUCUUGAUUCAUGAUGUUUGUUGGGUCAUAUAAACCAGCCCCAGUCAUCACAGGUCUAUUUAAGUACCUGAAGAAUAAUAAAACAAGAUUCCAUAUUA